AUGUCCGACGGUUCAACUACUACUAAUAAGAAGAGUCGUUCUACAAGCGAUGCAGAGCGUCGUCAGCGAAGGGCACAAAGAAUUCUGAGCUCUGCAGACAGUAGACUACGCAAGAUAACAUCUACCUACUCAAACUCUCUAAAUGCUGAACCAGCAUCAACCGGAGCCUCCCCCUUCACAAGUAGGAAGUCCUCUCCUCUACCAAGCCCUGUAGCUUCUGAAGCCCCUGAAAGCCCGUUUGCAACCAGGAGAAAUACCGGAAAUCUUGAACCUCUACCCGAAUAUCUCAGGCCAACAACGCCCUCUCCAAAUCA